UAUCUCUUAUAAUCAGAUCUCAUCUUCAUCUGUUUGUGGAUUCUUUUAUUGUUUGUUGUGCAAGUAACAAAGAUCAAGAUGAAUUCAAGAUUCUCUCUUCUUCUGUUCUUGUUCUUGGUCAUAGUUUCUCAAUCAAAAUCUUCCGUCUUCAAAACCUUCCCCAGUAAUCUCUCUCCCAAAUCUCCUCUUUCCUCAGUCGUCCUCCCUCUCUCCGGCAACGUCUUCCCUCUCGGAUACUACUCUGUCUUACUUCAAAUAGGAACCCCUCCAAAGGCAUUUGAAUUUGAUAUUGAUACUGGUAGUGAUCUCACUUGGGUUCAAUGCGAUGCUCCUUGCACUGGUUGUACUUUGCCUCCUAUACGUCAGUACAAGCCUAAAGGAAACACUGUCCCGUGCUUAGACCCGAUUUGUUUAGCACUUCACUUUCCUAACAAGCCUCAAUGUCCAAACCCGAAAGAACAAUGUGACUAUGAAGUUAAUUAUGCUGAUCAAGGUUCAUCAAUGGGUGCACUUGUUAUUGAUCAGUUUCCUUUAAAACUCCUAAAUGGCUCGGCCAUGCAACCUCGUUUAGCAUUCGGGUGUGGUUAUGAUCAGAUUUUACCUAAAGCACAUCCUCCGCCCGCGACUGCUGGAGUUUUGGGGCUUGGGAGAGGGAAAAUUGGUGUCUUGCCACAGCUUGUAGCCGCGGGACUAACGAGAAAUGUGGUUGGACAUUGCCUAAGUUCUAAAGGUGGAGGCUAUUUGUUCUUUGGAGACACUCUCAUUCCUACCCUUGGUGUGGCCUGGACACCAUUAUUAUCACCAGAGUAUACUUUCUUCUUUCAUAUUUGCCGCGAUCGGCUUCAGAGAGAUUAUACUUUCUUCAAAUCUGUUCUUGAGUUUAAGAACUUCUUCAAGACCAUAACAAUUAACUUUACCAAUGCCAGAAGAAUCACUCAGCUCCAGAUUCCACCCGAAUCUUAUCUCAUCAUCUCUAAAACUGGUAAUGCCUGCUUGGGACUACUAAAUGGAAGUGAAGUAGGAUUACAAAACUCCAACGUAAUCGGAGAUAUCUCUAUGCAAGGGCUAAUGGUGAUCUACGACAACGAGAAACAACAACUCGGAUGGGUUUCUUCAAAUUGCAAUAAGCUUCCCAAAACAUGACACCAUCACAACUAUAAUAACUCUUUAAAGUUUAGAAUUUACAUAUAAACAAUUUAAGACCAUAUAAUAAAACAUUUUUUACAGUAAGAAAGAUGAUCAUUAGCGCUUUAUGGAUUAAUUAAAAUGACUGAUUAGACCAAACAAUCUCAAUUUCUAGACUUCUAUCAGACGAGUCAUCUUUCUUGCUUUCA